GUCAAAUGCAAUAUCGAUAUAUUAUCGACUUUGAGAGGAUUUCCGUAUCACCCGAUUUCGAAAGAUCGCAUGUCGGUUCGCCACUCAUGCGCAAGCCGUGCGAACCAAUCCUCCUUGAGGAAGGCUGGACCGAGCUGCAGGACAAUGGACCUUUCCCGCUCUCAGAACGGGAUCCUGCGUACGACGCCAUCGUGAUGCACCAACUGUCGUCGGUCGAGCGCGCGAGGAGGCGGCUGUUGUCGCUUGUGAUCACGUUCACGAUCGAAAUGAUGGUGGCGUUUGUCAUAUCACGGUACACAGCGACUUUGCGGACGUAUCCGUUGCUCAUGUCGUUCAUGCCCGUGAUAUCGGCCAUCUCGGGCAAUGUCGGCCUCCAGUCGUCGAGCAUCAUGACGAGGGCGUUGGCAGUGGGCCUCGUCUCAACCAAAGACUCGUCGCGAGCGAUCGGACGAGAUCUAGCGUCGGCGCUCGUGCUUGGGCUAGCGCUGGGUCUCCUGACUGGCAUCGUCGCCGGGAUGUGGCAGAACUGGCUAGUGUUUGGCCUGGUCGUGGGUAUUGCGCAGUUUUUGUCCAUCCUCACGGCCGCGCUCACGGGAAGCGCCGCGCCUUUGAUUGGCAAGUGGCUGCACUUCGACCCCGCCACGUUUGCAGGUCCCAUGGAGACUGCAAUCCAAGACGUCGUAGGGAAUUCGUUCUUUUUGAUCCUCGCCAGUGUUUUGCUCGAUUAUUUCGCCACGACGUAGCUAGCAUUAAAUAAUACUUAAGGUACUUUUUACGUUAACUAAUAAUAGUACCG